UGCCUCUGGCAGCUGCGUUCACAGGGGAUUCGCAGCAUGCAGGAGGCGGCGGCAGCUCCACAGCUCCAUCUCUGUGGGCCCGGUGGGCAGCCUUCCAAACGCCUCCCCACAGGGACACGGGGAGGGUGCUGCGGGCCAAGGUGAACAAGCUGUUCCCUCGCUCUGUCCUGCGGGCAAUCGGCAGAGCAUCAGUGGAGCAAAUGUGGUUCCUGUUUCUUGGUGCAGGCGUGAGCUAGCUUAUCCAGCUUUUACGUGAUUUGAUAUUUACAGUUAUCCAGAGUAAACCUGUAAGCACAGAACUAGCAUUUAUUGAAUGUGGAGAUCCAGAUAAAUAUCAGAGGAUGAAGCAGAUUCCAUCUCCAAGGAUUUUGGCAACACAUCUGAAUUAGGAUUGCCUCCAUAAGUCUAUUUUCAAGAACAAAGCCAAGAUAAUAGUGCUGUUUCGAAACCCUAAAGAUACAGCUGUUUCAUUUUUCCAUUUCCACAACAACGUGCCAAGCAUCCCCAGUUACAGCUCCUGGGAUGAGUUCCUCUCAGAGUUCAUGAAUGGGAAAGCUGGGUGGGGAUCCUAUUUUGAUCAUGCAGUCACCUGGAACAAGCAAAUUGAGGAUGAUAAUACUAUGAUCAUAAUAUAUGAAGACCUGAAAGAGAACCUGACUGCCAGUGUAAUAAAGCAGAUAGCUGUAUUCUUUGGCUUCUCCCCAGGGGCAGAGCAGAUCCAGUCCAUUGCAGACAGGGCCACUUUCCAGGCAGUGAGGGAUAAGGUGCAGAAGACACAUGGCGUUGUUGGCUCAAUUAUUUUCCACAAAGGUGUUGCUGGAGACUGGAAAAAUCUUUUUGCUGAAGCUCAGAACCAGGAAAUGGAUACCAAAUGCAAAGUGUGCUUAGAAGGAACUAAGCUGGGAGCAAAGUUAAAAUAUGAUGUGUACUGCAAGGCCUGA